AUGUUACAAUUGCAUGAUUUCUAUCCGUCUUUGGCUAUCAACAUCUAUGCCUUCAUUAUCCUGAUUAUUCACACAGUCUCUGUAAAUGGACAGUUUGUUGUCGAAGUGGUAAGUCUUUUCAUCUUAAUUUUGGUUGCUUUGCAUAACGACUAUGAAUUUAAGUUGGAACCAGCUCGUAUGGGUAUGCGACGUUCCGUUCAACGUUGUGAAGCUACGGGAGCAAAUUUCGGUGCUGAUAUAGUAACGUUCUCAUUUGGUCAUGAAGCUAUCGGAUGUGCUGCACAUGCUAUUCCCAUUGAUGCAUGUGCGGAUGUAACGUCAUCAUCUUUUGAGAAGAAAUGUUUGGUUUGCUAA